GGAAUCAUCACCUACCCAGAAUAUUUGUUUCUUCUAACAUUGCUGACAAGUAAGUGGACUAUAUGUUUAUAUUUUCUUGUUGAAAUUGUACAUCCAUGCAGACGCUGCUUUUGCUCCAAAUGUGGACACUAGCAUGUUUGAAGAGGCUUGCAUCCCCACGUCCUCCAAUAAAUUCGCUAUUCAUGUAUGAAUAAUUUUUCUCUUUGUUUAAUUUAUGUUUUUGUAUGUUAUGUAACACGCUGUUCUCUUUUCUUAAUAUAAAAUUAUAGAAUCAAGUCACGGUCUCCAUGUUGCUUUCCGUAUGCUUGACUUGGAUGGCAAUGCUACACUCGGGAGGACUGAAUUUCAAGAGGUAUACUGUGCAUUAACGCUAUUUGUCAAUUUACUUCAAGUCAUUGUAAAAUGUCUACGCUACAUCGCUGCCACUCACUGUAAAAAUUAUGUGAAAAAUCUGCCAAAAUCUAGGGACUAGAAGAAGAAAAAAAAUUUCUGUUUUUUCACAAGCCAAACUACUAUUCCCCAAAUUAGAGGUGGAAAUGUGUUGUUUUCUUUCUUGGAUCCUGGAUUUACGGCUCAAAAUAUUCUGCAAUCAGUGUAAUUUUCAUAAUUAGCUAUCAAACAUCAAAAAAUGUCUGAAAAUUUCUGCAAAAAAUUCAGAUCCUCAAAUUUUCGGGAAAUAGGUUCCCAGGUUCCGAUAGUUUUUCCUUCUCUGCUUGCCAUUUUAAAUGUCUACGCUAAUCGUUGUAAAUAUAUGUGAAAAAUCUGCACGCAUGCAAUAUAACGAAAGAGAAAAACACUGGAAAAUUUCUGUUCUUUCACAAGUAAAGUACUUUAUACCAAAAUAGUAUGAAGUUAGCGGUCUGCCGUAAACAUCAAUCUUAAAGUGUCUAAUGUCUUUCUAUGUUAAUUGUGCAUGACAACGUCGAUUCCACCCUAUGUGUCGAAACUUCAAUAUGGACGUGGGCCCUUCUUUCGUGCGACUUUCACUGACCAUCCACGAGCGAUUAAAUUAUUUUCUUUAAUUUGAUGGGGUUUUUUCUAGCUCGAGAGAAUGCUUAACCAGAAAACGUCGGCCAAGUCAUUGGUAAGCCAGUUAUAUAAAGAUUAAUUAUAUGUAUAUACUGCACAUGUAUAGAGCGUAUACUGUUGUAAAAUUCCUGGUUUAUUUAGUUCUUUAAUCUGGGAGACCCCCCCCCGUAACUGUUUAAGAUUAAGAAAUUUUCGUUUGAUUAACUAACUCGAAAAUCAGUCAAAGUCGAAUGGCAUAAGAGGAAGGGACAAACAACAAUAUUGGAAAUAGGAAGGGACAAACAACAAUAUUCCACUGUAUGUUAACAUGUAUUUUACCAAUCGGAAGUAACACACACACACACACACACAGACACACACCUGUAAGUACCCCCCCCCCGAAAGUAACCGCACCUAACAGCGGAUGAAAGAGAGUUUGGCUAAAAGAAAAUUACUUACAUUACAAUUGCGAAUCACUUGCUGAAAAAUGCUUUCUCUAUGAGUGUCCUGCCUGGAUUCGAACCCAAGGUCUCUGCUCUAACGUCCCAACGCUUUAAGACACAUCGUCCGAUCAAGACACUCAGAUUUAUUUUGUAUACACCCAACGCGGGAUAUCUAGUCCACUAAUACGAUGAGUUAGUGCCAUAAUUAAGAAUUGGUUGUGUUUAUUCACAUUUUGCCCUUUUUUCCAGAACGAAAUGACCUCCAAGGAAGAGGCAUUGCCACAUACCAGUUUACUAAUUUAUUUCUUUGGCAAAUCGGGGAAAGGACAGUUGACCUUCACUGACAUGCUACAGUGAGUUCAAAAGCUUGUAUUUAUUUUGGUUUGCUGUAUGGCACAUGUCUUGUGUUUGUGGUCUUGGUCAGGGAACCUAAAAAUGAACGAUAAUGGAUCGUAGCUACAUUAUAUAAUCUUUAUAGCUGCACAGCAUUGUUUAUCCAUAUGGCAUAUGUGAAUUGACAUAAAUCUUAAUUUUGAAUAAACUUUUCCUGGACAGGUGGUUAUGCUAUAAUCUCUUCUCGACUAGUUUGUUUGUGGGUGUGAUAAUUUAAAAAAAUAUUAAAGAAAGUUGCAAUUUUGUCUUGCAUUUUAUCGCCUGCAGCGUAAAAGAACUAAACAUAUAAGACAAUAUAGUAAAAUGGAAUAAAGACAAUAUAGUAAAAUUCUUUUACUUCGCCAAAGCAUCUGAAUGUGUUAUGUUUGGAAUUUACUAAAACGUAAAAAGGCGUGACAAACAAUGAGAAAAGUGACCUGUCUGAAUCGUAAAUUAUUAUGUAGCCAGUUUUAACCACGUGGUCUCAGAAAAUGCAAUAAAUCCCGUCCGACCGGCUACAUACACAAAUGCACAUGUACAAAAUGAAACUAAAACUUUGUAUAGAUAACGUUUUUUCAGUUUAUCAAAAGUAUCUAACAGAAAAGAAAAUACACAACAGGAAAAUGAGGAAAUGCUGCUGAAACCCUUUUAGCAGGUUCUUUAUUUUUAAAAUCAUUUCCAUGUUUGUUUAUUUUUCUUCUUCGCCAACAACAAAACACCUAAAUGAUUUUUUUUCUAUGUUGAGUAUUUUUUCAAUGGCGUACAUACCACACAAAAUCACUUUGUUUUACUUGACUCUCUAGUUUAUACAGCUUCACAUGGACUCUGUUAAUGAAACUGUUUUACUGCAUGGUUGAGAAAAAUGCAACAAUACAAAAUAUAUCAUGUGAAAGUAUCGUCAUGCUUAGCUUCAUACAUGUUUCCACUCUUCUUUAACUAGAUGAAUGCAAAACCCAAUCGAAUUGCAUUCACGUACGAUACGACCCAACGUUUCGACCCUCUGGUGACUUCAUUAGAUAGACAUCGUGACAAAAACUUGAAAUUUAAUGUUAUAUAAAAUUGUUUGUAUCUAAACGCUUCUGCUUAUAGAUUUACAAGGAAUUUACAAAAGGAAUUUUGGAAGCAAGAAGUAUCUUUUUGCCUAAGUAGUUGCAAAUUAAGCUCUGUCCUUUUAAGUGAACGUACAGUAUUUUCUUAAUUUAAAGCUAUUUUCCAAGUAAACCAAAUCGAGGCGUCGUAAAAUCCAAAUACCGUUACCAUGAUGCAUGCAUGCAUGUGCAUAUUUUAGCAUAUAAGACAACGGGAUAUACAGGUGUCCCCCCCCCCCAAAAAAAAACUAUUGAAAUAACGUAUUGUUAGAAUUUGAAUGCCUCAGCUGAACCCACAAGUGCAUAAAAGCUUGACAUAAGUAAAUUUUUAUGCAUAAAGAAACCGUUUAAGAAGCUGUUUUAAAUUCCCAAGAGCAGAGAAUCGUGCGCUUUACAAAGAUAUAUUUUAAUUUGUUAAUAAGUCAAUAUUUAUAAUAUACUGUAUAUGCACCCUGUCAAUAUUUUACGCAUCUUUGCGUUCAGAUUCAAAUUCUAACAAUACGUUAUUUGGACACCCUGUAUAAUAUACACUUGAUGUCUGCUCACGAGGAAAAUAGAUCCAGGUAGUUUUGUUUUCCCGAGAAACGCUCAUUGAAUGUUCAUUCAAACAUUCAGAUUCGAAGGGAAACAAAACUAACUCUUAUAGGCGUUUAAAUCAUCAAUAAAAUAAAUAAAAAAGAUGACGUUGCCUUCCUUCAUCAAGCUACAGUUUCGACUGUACUCUGCCAAGAAAGAAGCUAUGAAUAGCGAUCAAUUUGCCAAACUUCUGUUACAAUCUACUUAUCUCGAUGAACAGGAUGUCAAGGAAUAUUUGGAGAGAUUGGAAAGCCGUCUUCAAUCAGAAAUAGUAAGUAUGCUCUUGUUAUAGCGAAAGAAGCGCUGCAUGGUCACAUUGUCUGACCAAACAUGUUUUUGCUGGAACAUGCACGAGACGUUUUAAUUGUCCGGUGGAAUAGAC